UCUCUGGAAAAUUCCUCUUAGAAUCGAAGAGAGAGCAGUUCGGUGUGAGGCGCACAUAGAAGCGAAAGGCGGCUGCGUUCUCUCUGUUUUCGUAGCGCGACAUAUAAAGUCUCUCAUGACUCGGACUGUCGUGAUGGAAGUCUCGGAGGCUGGAAAUGACUCCUUGGGAAACAAGGUUUCUGCUAGUGUCAGAAAUGGAGAUAACAUCAAUAGUGACAAAGCAUUUAAUAUGCAGACCUCAAGUGAAGUGUAUGAGAAUGAGGCAAACAAGAAGAGAACAAAAGAGAUGACAAAUAUUAUGGAUGAUUUAAGCUUAAAUUCCCCUAAAGAGUGCCCAUUUCGCUCCAGGUCUAAAACACGCUCCCUAAAACGCAAGUCUUCAAGCCCCUCUAGCAGCUCGAGCUCUUGUUCCAGCUCCUCAAGAUCCUCCCGUUCAAGAAGCUGGAGCAGGUCUUGCUCACGGGAACGAAGGUACUACAGGAAAAGAACUAGAAGAAGCUCCAGGUCUUAUUCUCGUGGCCGAUCUAGGUCUUACUCCAGAAGCUACUCAAGAAGUCGCUCAAGAUCCUACAGCCCAAGGCAAAGGAGAAGCUAUUCUUCUGCUUACAGAAGAUAUUAUAGGUCUCCACCUAGGUAUAGGUCACGUAGCCGUUCUCGUUCAUAUCACAAGCGUUAUACAAGAAAGUAUUAUGGCUUCAUACGACGUCCUUGCUCUCCUACUUUCCGAUCACACAGAAGUCGAUCAAGGACUCGUUCCCGCAGUAAAACACCUUUGCGCUUAAGUGAAGAGGAAAAGUUGAAGUUAUUAGAAAUAGCAAAAAUGAAUGCUACAAGAGCCUUGGGGAAGGAGGUUGAACUGCCAGAAAGCCUGAAGAUCACUGAGCAACCCAAAAAGUCAUCUGAAAGCUCUGCAAGCAGAAGUGAAAAAUCUCGCAGCAGCUCUUUCACUUCAAAUGAUUCUAGGACCAAGUUAGAAGAGAGAGGAGGAAAUUCUAUCAAAGAACAAGUAACCGAGCUCAAACAUAAAAGCCCUUAUAUGCUGUGGCGCCCUGUGACCAGUGAAGUGAAAUUGUUCUCUAAAAGUUUGCCAAAGCAUGUGCACACAAGCAAAAUGCGAUAAAUCUGUGUUCAUGGACUUCUUUUCUGUACAGCAUUUUUCUAUAUUUGUAAUAUGGGCAUAGGACCUCACAGAUUGAGGCUAUUUUAUAUAGUAAGUUAUUGAAUAUUGGGUUUGAUUUUUCAGAUAUGGCCUAGUUCGUGGUGGAUGCAAGAUAUUCAGGCGGGAAAUGUGUUUUGUAGAUAACUUGUACAGAUACUUUUUUUUUUUUUUUUUUUUUUUUUUUCAUGUAUCAAAUUAGAAGAUGCAGAUUCAUCUCACUUUUUUGUUCUAUUGUGACUAAGCUGUAGAUCUAUUUUCAUGCUCAUUGUAGCUUACAGCCUAGAUUUGUUUUGUUUUCUGCAUACCAAAAAAUGCAGUGAAACAUCGUAAUUCUUCAGACUGUUCCAUUACUUAUGUUUUGUUUUUAUUUUUUUCAAUAAAGUAUUUUCCAUAUAUAAAAUAAA